AUGGCUGGUGUUCCUAGAAAAUAUAAAAGAGUAAUGUCGUCCAGUAGCAAAUCAACAGUGUGCUCAAGGGUUACCUCAAGUUUGGCUAAUGACACUCUUUAUGAUGCUAUGGAUAUUUCCUCGUCAUCGGUGUCGACUAAUGCUGAUGAAGUUCAAACAUUUAGUGGUUGUUCAUCAAGUGAUGAAAGUGAAGAUAGUGAAGAUGGUGAACGAGAUGAUAUGCCUUGCAGUAAAAAUUUAGAUGAGUUUGAGGAAUAUUCUGAUAUUGGAGACAUGAAGUAUGAGUGUCAGUAUUGUGGGGCUUUGCAUUGGAAGCCACCGACUUUAUUAUGGGAUUUGAUAAUGGGAAAUGAUGUUCGUAGUCGGGAAUUCUUAGCAAAUAUAAGAAGUUAUAAUAGUGCUUUUGCUUUUACUUCAUUUGGUGGAAAAAUUGAAAGUGGUCUAAAUGACGGAGGCGGUCCACCACAAUUUGUUAUUAGUGGGCAAAAUUAUCAUCGUAUUGGUAGCUUGCUUCCAAAUGUGGGAGAGACUCCUAAAUUUGCCCAACUUUAUGUUUAUGAUACUCAGAAUGAGAUCCAAAAUCGAAGUUCACACUUUAGGAAUUCGGAUGGAAGUUGUAAGCUAAACAAAUCCUUAAUUGAAGAUCUUUUGGUAAUGGUUGAUGAGUGUAAUGUCUUGGUGAAAUCAUUUCGAAAGGUACGUGAUUUCAUUUCUAUCAACCCAUUGUUAAGGAUUUCUCUAAGAUUGUUUAGGGCUAGACCCAAAGACCCAAGAGUGUACAAUUUACCUUCUGUGGAUGAGGUAGCUGGUUUAAUUGUUGGUGAUUUUGAUUCUACUGGUUGUGGUCGAGACAUAGUUGUUAGUUCAAUGGAUGGUACUCUUAGAAGAAUUCAUGAGACACACACUUCAUUUUUACCGUUGCAAUAUCCUUUGCUUUUUCCUAAUGGAGAAGAUGGAUAUAAAGAAGAUAUUUUGUUUCGCCAAGAUGGAGAUGGUCGUGUUUUUAAAAAGAGAGUACGAGUAUCUUUGAGAGAAUUUAUUUCUUUUAGAAUUCAUGAAAGAAUGAGAGAGGAUUCAGUUAUAUUGCGUAGUAGAAGAUUAUUCCAACAAUUUCUUGUGGAUUGUUAUUCGAUGAUUGAGGCUCAAAGAUUGUCAUAUAUCAAGGGUAAUCAAAAGACAAUACGUCGGGACUUCUUAUCUGGAUUGGAGGAGGCUAUGGAGAAAGGUGAUGUCGAUUCAGCAUCAGUUGGAACAAGGAUAGUUCUACCUUCAUCAUUUACUGGUGGAAGAAGAUAUAUGUUUAACAAUUGUCAAGAUGCAAUGGCAAUCUGCAAACAUGUUGGAUAUCCAGAUCUUUUUAUAACUGUUACUUGCAACCCAAAGUGGCUUGAAAUUCAAAGGUGUGUUUCUGAAAAAGGCUUGAAUGCCUAUGAUCGCCCUGAUAUCUCGUGUCGGGUUUUUCAUAUUAAAGUGAAGCAGUUAAUGCGUGAUUUGAGGAAAGGUCAAUAUUUUGGGAAAGUCUCAGCUGGAAUGUAUACCAUUGAGUUUCAAAAGAGGGGACUUCCACAUGCCCAUAUACUUAUUUGGUUAGCGCCUGGUUCAAAGCUAACAACACCAGAGAAAAUUGAUUCAGUUAUAUGUGCAGAGUUACCUGAUCCAGUUGCUAGCCCGAAACUAUUUGAAGUUGUUUCUAUGUUCAUGGUCCAUGGUCCAUGUGGUAGUAGUAGAAAAAAUUCUCCGUGCAUGGUAAAUGGUCGGUGUUCCAAAUUUUUUCCUAAGAAAUAUGUGGAUAAGACCUCAUUUGACAUUGAUGGUUAUCCGACAUAUCGAAGGAGGAACACUGGUGUUUUUGUUGAAAGACGUGAUGUUCAAUUAGAUAAUGGGUAUGUUGUUCCUUAUAAUGCAAAAUUGUUGAUGAAGUACCAAGCCCACAUUAACAUUGAAUAUUGUAACAAAUCGAAUUGCAUCAAAUACUUAUUUAAGUAUAUCAACAAAGGAGUUGAUCGGGUUACAGUUUCAAUGAAAAAUGAAUGUAAUGAAGGACAAAAUGUGCCGGAGGUUGAUGAGAUCCAACAAUAUUAUGAUUGUCGUUAUUUAUCUGCUUGUGAAGCUGCUUGGAGAUCAUUUUCAUUUCGUAUUCAUGAUCAUUGGCCUCCCGUUCAGCGAUUACCUUUUCAUAUGCCCAACAAACAAGUUGUAUUAUAUGGUAAUGAAGAACCAAUUGAUAGGGUCGUUCAAAGAGGUCAGAUGUCUGAAACAAUGUUUACUGGGUGGAUGGUUGCUAAUAUGAUAUAUGAACAUGGUAGGCAUUUGACAUAUGCUGAGUAUCCGCAGUUAUUUGUUUGGCAUCCUAAAGAUAAAGAAUGGCGACCACGCAAAAGAGGGUUUUCCAUUGGAAGAAUGAAUUUUAUACCUUUGGGGUGUGGGGAGGUAUAUUAUUUGCGUUUAUUGUUAAAUCUACAAUGUGGAUGCAAAAGUUAUGCCGAUUUGAGAACUGUUGAUGGUGUUGUUCGAGUGAGCUUUCAGGAAGCAUGUUCUGCCUUGGGAUUAUUAGAGGAUGAUAAAGAAUUUAUUGAUGGAUUAAUUGAUUGUGCUGAAUUGUCAGGUGGUAUGUAUGUUAGAAAGUUUUUUAUGGUGUUGCUAUUAUCUAAUUCAAUUGUCACACCAGGAAAAGUUUUUGAGGAAACUUGGAGGUUGUUAGCCGAUGGAAUUCUUUAUAACCGAAGGAAAUUACUUUGCAAUCCAGCUUUGCGUUUGGAUGAUCAGACUUUGAAGACGCUUUGUUUGGUUGAGCUUGAAAAAAUGUUAGUUAAUAAUGGGAAAACACUAAAGGAUUUUCCUGGCAUUUCGUAUCCUAUUUCAGAUGAAGUCCCUCAGUUUGAGAAUGUCAUGUUGUUUAACGAGUUAAGAUUUGACAUUGAUGAUAUGUCAGUUAAACAUAAUGACCAUUUGAUGAAGUUGAAUAAUGGUCAAAGGAAAGUGUAUGAUGAGGUUAUUGAUGCAGUUAAUAAAUCAGAUGGAGGAUUUUAUUUUGUCUAUGGUUCAGGUGGUACAGGAAAAACUUUUCUUUGGAAAACUCUAAGUUAUAGAUUAAGAUCUGAGCGGAAGAUUGUGUUGAAUGUUGCAUCCAGUGGUAUAACAUCUCUUUUGUUACCUGGUGGGAGGACUGCACAUUCGUUAUUUAGUAUCCCACUUGUGUUAAAUGAGGAUUCAUGUUGUAAUAUUAGGCUGGGUAGUAACAAGGCAGAGUUGCUUAAACAUACAAGUUUAAUUAUAUGGGAUGAGGCACCUAUGGUUAAUAGGUGGGCAUUUGAGGCUGUUGAUAGAACCUUGCGUGAUAUAAUGGAAGUUGGGGAUGUUUAUGGUGGGGGAAAGCCCUUUGGUGGAAAAGUUGUGGUUUUAGGGGGAGAUUUUAGACAAACUCUUCCUAUUAUCCCGAAAGCAAGUAGGGAAGAAAUUGUAAUGGCUACUAUUAACUCAUCAAGACUAUGGAAAUUUUGCAAAGUCUUAAAACUUACUGAGAAUAUGCGUUUGCAUGGGAAUGAUUCUUUACAUGAUCGUGAAAAAUUGGUUGAAUUUAGCAAGUGGAUACUUGAUAUUGGUGAUGGUAAUUUGGGUGAUUACAAUGAUGGUGAAUGUGAUUUAGAUAUUCCACAUGACUUGAUGGUUCCCUUUAAAGAUGAUGCUGUGUCAAGUAUAGUUUAUUCCACCUACCCUGAUAUUCAAAGGAAAUUUUUUGAUGAGGAAUAUUUUAUUGAUAAAGCUAUUCUUGCUCCCACUUUGGAUAUUGUUGAUAGUGUGAACCAGUUUGUGCUUUCCAUAGUACCUGGCAAAGAAAAAGUGUAUUUAAGUUCAGACAGUGUAGUCAAAGUUGAUGAAGAUGUAGCCAUUGAUGCAAAUUGGAUAACCAUUGAGUUUUUGAACGGCAUUAAGGGAUCUGGACUUCCUGAUCAUAGGUUGUGUUUGAAAAUUGGAACGCCCAUUAUGUUAAUGAGAAAUAUUGAUGUUUCAGCUGGGUUAUGCAAUGGAACUCGGCUUAUUGUGUUGGAUCUUAGACCAAAUUUGAUUUAUGGGAAAGUGCUAAAUGGAAAUAAAGCUGGCACAAAAACAUACAUCCCACGCAUGACUAUUGUUCCUUCUGAUAGUGGUCUACAUGUUAAAGUUCAACGUAGGCAAUUUCCGGUGUGUGUUUGUUUUGCAAUGACAAUUAAUAAGAGUCAAGGGCAGACGUUGUCUCGAGUGGGGGUUUUUUUACCGAGACCUGUUUUUUCCCAUGGUCAACUAUAUGUUGCGUUGUCGCGUGUGAAAUCAAGGGAUGGAUUGAAAAUUUAUGUUGACCAGACAGAGGUUCUGCCUUUGGAGCACACAAAAAAUGUUGUUUACAAAGAAGUAUUCAAAAAUUUAAGCUGAGAUGGGGAAGGUGUCCUAUGUACCAUUUAAUGGAAGGCAUGGAUUCUCAUAAAUGGAUAUUGGUUUUUUUGAUUGAUGCAAACUCGUGAGCUCCCAUUAGAAUGGCUUUUGCUUCCUGGUUCCUUUUUCACAAGUCUACCUCUGCUGGUUAUUUCCUGGAGGUACAGAUUUUGUAUUAAGAAUUUGGUGGAAGGUUUGGUCUUGAUUUUGGAAGGCUUGCCAAUUGGGUUUGGGUUGAGUAUUAGUUUUCUUUGUAAACACCCUUGAAAAUUCCUCUUGACUUUUCAAAAUAGGUACUCUUUUUCCUUGCUAGGUUUUCCCAAGGGGGUUUUAUCCUAGAAAGGUUUUAAUGAGGCAUGUUUUGUUAAGUCUAUUUUCAAGGGGGUAUUAGGUGGGUAGUUUUCUUCUUUUAUAGGGUUUUGGUAUUUGUACAUGUAAGUAUCUGAUUAUUUAAUUUAUUAUAUGUAAAAUGUUAAAGAUGAACUUAUUAUGUAUUCAUUGGUUUCGUUGUUAACUUAA